UUGGCCGGACGGACCCGGAUCUGCAGGCUACGUAGCCAGAAUUGAGUUGGUUUACUUUCGUGUCGUGUGUCUGUUUCUUUUAUUUCAUCCAUAAAGUUAAACUUUUCCCGUGAAAAUGGGAUUGAAAAGGAAAACUACUUCCAAAAAUCCCCCUAUUUUAAGUCACGAAUUCGUCAUACAAAAUCAUGCUGACAUUUUCUCGUGUGUUGCUAUGGUGUUUAUCAUAGGUCUGAUGGUCCAAGCUACAUCGCCAUUGGCUUACAUGUUUAUUGGACUAAGCCACAAUGCAAGUGCGGAGGUUGGACCUGAUGCUAAACCCCUUGAUAAUGGACCCAUUUUGUACACAUAUGGCUGGAAAGAUGCUUGUGUUGUUUUCUUCUACUUCCUGAUCAUCAUCAUUCUUCAUGCCAUAUGGCAAGAAUACAUUUUGGAUAAAGUAACAAGGAAACUCCACCUUUCGAAACUGAAGCACAAUAAAUUCAAUGAGUCUGGCCAGCUUGCAGUGUUUUACCUUCUAUCAUUCCUUUGGGGCCUUGAUAUCAUUGUGAAGGAAAAUUUAAUCUUCAACAUUUCUUCACUAUGGGAAGGAUAUCCACACUCUCGUAUGGGUUUCAGUACAAAAUUCUUCUUCCUGUCUCAAAUAGCGUAUUGGCUCCACUGCUACCCGGAACUUUAUUUCCAGAAGACAAAAAGGGAAGAAAUGGGCAAGCGAAUUCGAUAUGCUACAGCUGGUUUAGUCUUUUCUGCAGCUGCGUAUUUCCUAAACUUCAACCGUGUCGGAAUUUGCUUACUAAUGCUUCAUCACUUGUCUGAAGGUUUCUUCCAUGUUGCGAGGUUGAUUGAUUUCUGUGACAAAGAAGAAAAAGGAAGCAAAGUUGGUUACUUGGUCUCAAAUGUUGUUUUCGUCCUGGCGCGACUUGGAUCAUUCAUCCUGUCAUUCCUCACCUUCUGGUAUGGACUGGCUCUCAGUGAUAACCAAGUUUUGGAUUUGGGUUCCGGUAACUUCAAUAUUCCUCCAGUGCGAUUAGGAGCUCUUGUGUCUGUCGGUAUCGUGCAAGGAUACUUGAUGUUCCAUUUCAUCACUGAUCAGCUGAAGCAGUUCAGAGAAUGGAGACCAACUAUUGUCAAGAAAGCACCUGCCAAGAAAGCCAGCAAGCCCAAGAAGAAGGAUGAAAAGCGCGGAGGCACUGAUGAUGAUAACGAGCUGCCCGAAGUUGAUCAGAAUACGAAGAAAAACUUGCGAUCAAGGGCUGUUAAAACCAAGUAGACUCCUCUUACUUUUUCUUACAUCCUAAAUGCAUUGCUCCUGUUUCAAGUUAAACAUUUUCUUUGAUUAUUGAAGACUUGGUAAAUAUGAUUCAUUGAAUAUACGCAUGCCAGAUAAAGUGAUCAUCUGUGAUGUAGAAUGCGGCCAAAAUCCUACAGUUUUAGACAAUUCUGGGUUAUCAGAAUACUUGUCAAAAUGUACGCAAAGUAACAUGUAAAAUAUGGGUUGAUUGGAGCAAUGUUAAUGGCAAGAUUCAUAUAUUAGUAUUGCCACCAGUUGAGCAAACUUUCAAUGAAUAGGGUUCAUUGAGGAAAAGUCGAUUAAAGUGAACAGAUUCGAUUUCUUCUUUUGAAUCAAAAGUGGUUUUGAAUCCACGGUAGAAAAUAAUUUUAUCCAAAUCAAUGGCCAAGUACGGAAAAUGCAUAUCUCAAUUGCAGUGUUUAAAAAUCUCUGAUUAUGUUUUAUUUUCCUCAAGGAAAACAAAUCACUAUGUUUUCUUACAGUGAAGUAAUUUCAUAGAAAAUUCCAAUAGGAACUGUUGUAAGAUUUCUUUUAAAGAAUUGAAACAUGAGCAGAUAUUUACAAAUCACAAUCUGAGGUAUGCGUCUAUUGACUUUAGACGUUGAAAUAUUGGUUUCCUUAAUCACUUGAAUCAAGUGGAUGCGGAAAAGAGAUAAGUUUAACGGGCAAAAACUCAGACCAAUUUUUUAUCUAAAAAAUUGUUUGACUUUUAAACUUUGCCUGAAAAAUCAAUCCCGAUUCUUGCUUAACCUUUCAAGGUUAAUUCUGUCUAUCAUUAUAAAAAUUUAUAUUCACCAUGGAAUCAUUGUCUUGAAGUCAUUGAAAUCAUGAAAGAUCAGUUAUGAUUGAUGUCAGUCUAAUGCCAGCACAGAUGUGACUAAGUCAGGUCAUAAUUUUAUCUCCAACACAAAGAUGUCAGUCAAAUAUUUAAAAAGUAUUUCCAUUAAUCACUUUUUAGUGCAAUCUUUGAAAUCGCAAGCAAGCAAUUUGCUUUAUUGGCAGUGAAGAAGAAAAAUCUAGCAUUUGAAAUCGAUCUUAAAAGAAAUGCUACUCUUUCAUUCUAGUUUUAAUUGUUGGUAGUUUUUUUAUGGAUGAGCUAGAAAAAUUUUUGUCAUUUUGGUCAGGAAAAUUUGGAUUCCUGAAAUUUUUUAACACUUCGCCACUGUUGUUGCAUGAUUUAAACUUAUAAAGUUGCUACAGCCUGGCAAACCUAAAAGAAACAUGGAUAAUCGCCUAGUUUUUCGUUUUAAGAAUGAUCGAAGUCAGUAAUCCUACCUCAUUACAAGAUUAUGUUAUCUCAGAGAAUUUGUUGAUACUGAGCGGCAGGUGCUUGUUACCAAUGUCAAAUAUUUUUACUUUAUCGCUCCCCUUGCGGGUAGAGGAAGGAUUGUUUUUAUUCUGCACUGAAUCAAUGAGGAAUUAUCAGAUUAUCCAAGUUCAGGAAAACCAGUCUACUUUAUUUUCAUUUAGCAUUUAGUUUUGUCGCCCAACGUACAAAUAUACGCACAUGUUGAAAACUGAUUAAAAUCAUUUGCGUACAAUCAACAGAAACCAACUUCCUUUAUGGAGAGUAGCCGUCUCAGGCAAGACCAUCUCUACAAAUACUUUGUUUUCAACAUUUUGAAGCUAAUUUUUCUUUGAAAUGGAGUCUAAUUCAUUAAAAAAAUUAAUUUUUUAAUCAUCGAAGCCAAACUUUUACUUUUCUGACUUCAAAAUAUGUCCGGUUUUCCUAUGUGUUACGAACCAGGACAGAUUGCAUUAUGCCUUCAUCUAAGGUCAUUGCUACUUUGAUCGGUAUAAUUUUUUUAGGCACGUUAAAUGUGUUCGUUUGGGUGAAAAAAUCAAAUUACCCACCUGCUGGUGUCCAAAAAAAAAAACUGAGGCUGGGUAUUCCUAUUUAUCAUUAAUUUUUUGGUUCUCAAAUAAGUAUCCUCAGCUUCCGCUAAAAAUAAACUGUUUAAACAAUUUUUCUUUAAUUUUUUCUCGUCAUGGCAGUUUUUCACCCUUGAAAACUAUGCUUGAGUUUAGCAUUUUACAACUAUAUCACUUGAUUAAUGAUGGUAAAAAAAUUUACAGUUUUUUAAAAAUUCCAUUUUUCUUUAAAGCUGAACUGUACGGUUCUAAUUUUAAAUAGUAAUUCAUUUACGUAUUUCUCAUCUGAUAAAUUUUUCUUUGUAAAAAUAUCCUCAGUCCUAUGCAGUGCAAUCAAAUUACAAUCCAUCCCUUCUUACAGAGUUUAAGUAUUUGCGAUCCGUAGAUGCAGGGUAAUUAAGCCUUAAACAGUUUUUUGCGGCAUUUUUUUGAAUUAUCCAUUGAAGUCAUUUAACCUAUUUUAAAUUAGGUGUAAUUACCAUGCCGACAAAAAGGAAUGUAACAAUGUGUAAAACAGAAUAUAUUCUUUUCUGAAGCCUGAGAUUUGCUUGAUUAUUCAAGUUAAAGGUUCCAUUUCUUGCUCUGUUACAUUUCAAAAGUUCAUUUUAAAAUGCCAUGACUGGUUUCCUGUAAUUUUUGAGGCUGAUUCAAUAGUGUAUCAGUCCAUGUCAGACUUUAAUUUGUAAGUAAAGCAUUGUUCGAUUAGUAUUUUACAAUUUAGUCCUGAAUCAGGAAGUCAAAAUCCACUUUCUUUUUUAAAACAAAUCUAUUGAAUUUUUCCUUGUACGAUAUUUUGGUGCUUCAAUAAGUCCUAAUCUCCGAUAUGUCCCUUUAUAACGGCCGUCUAGGCAUGAAAACUUGUUGAGCUCAAGAAUCGCAAGCAAAGUUGCAGGAAAUUAAAGCAUGAUAUACUUAUCAAUAUGUAUACCAGUAUAGGCUCUCAAUUGUGAAGAUGACAACUUUUUUAACUCAUCUGUAUUUUUGUUUUUUUCCGCGAGUUCAGCUCUGUAGGUAAAUUUUGGAGUGAAAAAAAUUACUCAAUACAACUUUUCUUGUCUAAAAUUAGCUUUAGUCUAAACUUAGUUUAUGUUUUUAUCGUGGAUCUUCCACUUUUCUCUCUUUUUUAAGUCGAAAUAGAUUUACGCGUUUAGUGAUGAUUUCUCUUUUCUUAAUUUUUUUAUCCACUAUUUAUUUCAUUUUUGAUAUUUACUUUUGACAUUUUGAAUAGAUUUUUGCUCUUCAAGGGCAAAAUCAUCUCAUUUUUUUACUUUUACAUUUUAAUUAUUAAUCGGACGAGUCUCGACUAGAGUUCGAAUUUACUCAGCAGCCACAGGAUGAGUUUUGUGAAGGAAACAUUUGGUAUUUCUAGAUAUUGCUGCGGAAAUGCUUGAGUAUAAAUUUGGAUUUUUUAAGGCCAAAGUAAAACACCAAGUGCAAUGUUUAAAUCCUUAAUCAUGGCAUCUUUUUUAAUUAGUUCAAAACAAAGUUCCAAAAUGGGGAGCUUAAUAAAUCCGAUUUGUUGUGUGUGAAUUGAUCAAAAUUUUGGGAGAAAAUAAGUGCAUCGCCGUUCAAUUCGGUAUGUCGAAUGUUAUGAAUAGGUGUGGCAUUUUGCCCUGAUGAGUUCGUCCUUCUUUAUCUGUCAUUUAUAAUCGUUUUUAUGUCUCUUUCUAUUUGUGUGUUCUUCCAGAUUUUAUUUCAAUAAAGUUAUAUUCCAUAAUGAA